CUUUGUUUCUAGACAACCGCUAAGAGUCUCACUCUGUCUUAGUCCGGACGAUUUCAUUUGUCUCAAUUCAUCUACUGGGUGGCUGACGAGCCAAGUCGAGAACGAAACGAGGCAAUACAGCCGUUGGAUAUCCCAAGGUCUCCUGUACUGAGUCAGAUAGGACGCAUACCGCGUUCACUGGCCUGCAAAGGCGUCUGUGGACUUGCGUCUCGGCUGCAGAGAGGAGGUGGUAAGACAUUCGUUACUUCGGCACAACGCGAACUUCGGCCAAUAGACGCCGAUAGAAUACAUGAAACCACAGAACGCUAUCAUUGUGGCUGAUAGAUUUAUUCUUGGCAAGCCUUAGGACUACAAUUAUCAAGCCGGUCAAUCUCUAUGUGUAAAGAGAUGUGGCACUGCUUGUUGACCCCCGGGUACUUAGCUGGGCCGCUUCCCAACCUUGCAUUCUGCGAUGGUCCGCUUCCGCUUUGGAAUACUACCACUUUUAGAUCUUGCAUUUUUCAGCCACAAUUUUUGUUCAAUACUAUGGAUUUCUUCCAAAACCAGGUCGUGCUCCUUACGGGAGCAACGGGGGGUCUUGGGGGCUGCCUCCUGUACAAGCUCGCCGUUGUUCUUCGCGUACCCAAGAUCUACGUGGUAAUACGAAAAACACCCGAAAAGGCCAUCCAAACAUGGUCCACAAUCAUGCCGAAUCACGUCGAUGAGGUCCUUCGGACAGGCAGCAUCAAGUUUGUAUUUGGUGACCUAACAGCCCCUCAGUACGGAAUAGCGGAACACAAUAUUCGGGCUCUAGAGAAGGAUGUUACCAUCGUCAUCAAUGCCGCUGCCAACAUAAGCUUGCGGCUGCCAUUACGCCAAGCUGUCCAAGAUAAUUGUCUUUCAGCCCUUGAUCUGGGUGAAAUGGCAACGAGAUUUGCCGAGCUCGUCUGUUUUGUUCAGGUCUCGAGUGCAUACGCCUUGAGCGAUCUCCCGGACGGUCCAAUGGAGGAAAGGAUAUACCCUAUCGGCGAUGCGGACCAGCUCCUGAAUGACAUCCUUUCAGACAAGACGGACGGCUCGGGUGAAUUCGCUUGGCCGUAUGCCAGAUCUAAGAGGCUCAUGGAGUGUCUACUGGACCGGAGGAUAGGGCAGAAGGUGCCGCUGCUCAUAGUGCGUCCUACUGGUAUUGCCCCUGCAAUCCACGAGCCCUUUGAGCUGUACCUACCAAACGCGUCUUGCCCUCUGAACACUUUCUACGCCCGAAUGAUGUAUCCCACGGGCGGCUCCGCGGUCUUCCACGCCCCCGUGGGUUUCUCGUCAGGCAAGAACAUCGUCGAUGAGAUACCCGUCGACCUGGCUUCCAACAUCAUACUUCAGCACGUACGGCGCGGAACCUGUGGUGUUGUACACGCAUCGUCGCAGUCGUACAUCCCCAGGAAGUUCGAUGAUUACCUGCAAGACUUGGCACGCUAUGUCCCCGACGACUGGAGGAUCAAGAUGGCCCGGCCCGUCUUCACCACCGACCGCACCGCCCGGCAGUGCUCUGUGGCCGAGUUCUACGUCAUCAAGUCGCGGAACUGGCUUGUCAAGGCGGACCGGUCACGGGACCUUGACAUGAGCGGCCCGAUCGGCCUAGAUAUCGGUGAACACGAUCUCCAGGCCUUCACAGAGAAGCGGGUGAGACGUAUCUAUGCCGAGACAAAGAAGUUUUUAGAGACGAAGGAGGAGCGCGCUAAGAGUCGGCAACUAGAGACCAAGCUGUAGUGAGGUUGGCAUCAAUGUGUUGGGUAACGUGGUGGUCAAGAACUAUGCUGCGGUGCUUCGCGCAUUCUGAUUAUUUUUCCAUGAGUGUACAGCCAGUGAGUAGGAUUGCGGUAUAGGGUAUACCACUUUCUCUAUACUCAUUUACUAGCUAUCAGGUACCAGUAACCUGACACGGAUUAUGCUGUUUUGCUUUGUGCCCCACUGGAAAACAUGAUAUCUUGUAUGAUAGAUGCUUAAUUACUUGUAACAGCUAGACAUGUGAAAAUCGUUAGUUACCUCACGCAUUUCAAUAGAUGUGCAGUUUAUCUAAUAUAUAAUCUCUUACGGACAUCUAUAAUACCUUGAUUUGUA